AGUAGGUGAGACGUCUAUGGCGUUACUUCCGGUAUUUUUUUUUUCGUUCCCCGUUUGUAAACUAGCUACACAAGUUUACACCCUUUGUUUGUGUUUUGCUAUCACUCCUGUUGUUUUGUUUGAAUUUGGUUUUAACUUUCGAGUGAAGACGACGGAAGUUCCUCCUCCUCAGCUGAAAUAAAUCCAAAGCGGCAGCAUCAUGUCUGCAGAGCUGGAUCUGUCCCCCCCUGAAGUCCCCGAGCCGACCCUCCUGGAAAGCAUACUGAAAUACGGCUUGUUUCUUGGGGCCAUUUUCCAGCUUAUCUGCAUCCUGGCUAUCAUCUUCCCCACAUCUAAGAACCACGAUCAGGAGGAGAAGGAGACCACCGACAGCAAGACCGCCGAACCGAUGAAGAAAUCAAAAGCAGCAGCGCCUCAGAAUCGUCAGAAACAAAAGAAAGAGAGCAAGAAGAAGCGAUAGAUGGCUCUUUUUGCAUCGUGUUUGCUGCCUUGUUGUGAGAACGAGUGUGUUUCAUCAUUAAGACGUUUUAUUUACAAGUUAAAAAAAAACACUUACAGCACUACAUUUGUCAAACAUCAUUGUGAACCUCAGCUGUGUUCUGCUAACACUCAGCACAUUCAUACAGACAAGAAUGAAGCAACAUAUUUGACUGACUGGAUUUUCGUUGUUAAUUCAAAUGUUUGUUUUUCAACAGCAAAUUAAAAUGUCAUCUUAGCAGACUAUUUAUUACAAAAGAUGUGCUUGUUCAUAGAGUCAGAAUUCAUUUAGUCUCAUUUUCAAAGCCAGUAUUCUUGCAGAUAAUUUUUGUUUGUUUAUUUUGCUAAAAACAACAUUUCUGAUGUAGAAUAUGAGUUUUACAGUUUCUUGAAGGUGUUGGAAGUGAUUUCUUUUUUAUUCGAGGAGUAGUUAACUGUUAGCUUUCAUUUGCACGUUAUUUUAAUAUUAAAUGUACCAUACUUUUAUACGUAAAUUGAUUUGAUGCUCUUCUGUAUUAAAAUGUAAGCUGGGA